CAUUGUCUUUACGAACACCGACUCAGGCAUUUCGAUUCGUGCAACAUAUAAUCACAUAGCUAUACGAAAGUGCCUCCCCGCGCGGCCGUCAAGUACCGUAGCAGCGAGAGCAGCAGCUGUUUCUACGAUGGCUGACUGCAAUUUGAUGUUCCUCUUUCACUUGAGCUUGCUCGUGAACGUGACGCCUUUGUCCAAAGCCACGAAUAAUUUUCCAACAUACUGCGAGACCGGCAUCCCUUUGUCUCACGGUCGAAAUGAGAAGCCGGAUAUGGGUAAGUACGCAGUUUCCAUUGUCAGGUUCAUUUUCUCAUGGCUUCAUCUUUCCAUACAUCUCCACCGCAGCUCCAUGAAGACGCUCGGCUCAUCGUCUCAAUACACUUACGAUGGGUAAUAUAUCACGCUUGGCUUGCUUGUUUGCACUUGCUGCAGCGAGCAUUGCAGACACAUGCAAUCCUGUAAACACUAGAUGUCAUCCAAACAUGGGACUGGCAAACAGUAGUUACGAAAUCGAUUUCACCAAACAGACAUCAAUUCCCCCUGAUUGGACCAUCUCCAACUGGGCGACAGUCAACUUUGGUGCCAAGGGAGCCGAGUUCACCGUCUCCAAACGCUUCGAAUCUCCACAACUGUGGACUAACUUCUACAUUCAUUAUGGCAAAGUCGAGAUUGUGGCUCAAGUUGCCCCAGGCACAGGUAUUGUCUCGUCUGCUGUCCUCAUGUCCGACGAUCUAGAUGAGAUUGAUUGGGAAUGGAGUGGAAACAACUUUCGCGAUACCGCAGGCAAGGGGCAGAACAAUUAUUAUGGCAAGGGCAUCACUGGAGAUUAUGAUCGGGGCAGCUUCUUCAGUGUGGCAUCUCCUCAAACGCAAUUUCACACAUAUACUAUCGAUUGGACAGCUACGCAACUUACUUGGUCUGUCGAUGGAGCAGCUGUUCGAACAUUGCACGCCGCGAACGCCGAUAGUGGCUUUCACCAGUACCCUCAAACUCCGUCAAGGUUCCAGAUGGGUAUCUGGGCUGGUGGUGAUCCAGGGAAUGCAUGGGGCACUGUUGACUGGGCUGGAGGUUAUACAGACUUCACUAAAGCGCCAUUCACAUACUACGUCAAGUCUGUCAAGAUUACUAACUACAACCCUGCAUAUGCCUACAACUGGACAGACAACUCUGGAAGCUCGAGAAGCAUAAAGGUCAUCUCAAAACCAGCAGUCGUUUCGUCCUCCACAUCGAGUUCGAGUUCUUCGGCCACUACAACUCGAGCGUCGACUACAAUCUCUACUUCGACGCCCGCGAAAGCUUCAACAACGUGUGCUGGUAUUCCUCCAUCAGCGCCCACCCAAGACGGCAUUGUCUCGGGCUGUACUCAAUGGUACACAGCCAAGUCGGGAGACACAUGUGGUGUAAUUGCCGCCAAGUUCAAUAUCCCCAUCGAACAAUUCAUGACAUGGAAUCCGGCAGUCGACCCUCCUCUGUGCUACAAUAUGUGGUUGAAUUAUAGCUAUUGUGUCUCGACCGACUGUGCACUUGUCAGUACAGCAUCUUCUGCAACCAGUACGACCAGCACAUCACGUUCAACAACCGUAAACUCGGGUUCGAGCUCGAGUACGACUAUUGUUGUUUCAUCAACACCACUACCAACUACUACGAUAAGCCCUACAUCAAGUGCUACUACUUCUAAAUCUUCCAGUAACUCCAUCACCCCGACUGUCUCUAGCACCAUAUCAUCAGUAGUACCUUCCUCUACAACUUCAAGAUCGAGCACAUCGUCGAAUGCUGUCAGCUCGACGAGCUCAAAUGCAUCUUCGUCAUCUCCAAUUUCAGCACCAGUGUCUUCAAGUACGCUGUGCCCCAAGUCAGACGGACAGACUAUUCUCAGCGGAGACGACAAAGCUUAUACUAUCAGAUGCGCUUCGGACACUAACAAAGGUUCUUACGCAGAUGCUAGAGCUCUGAAAUCAUACCUUGACUGUCUCAAUGCCUGUGACGAUGCAGCAGAUACAGGUUGUACUGCUUUCACCUACGUUGGAAACCAAAAUGGACGAGGUUCUGGCAUAUGUUACCUCAAAGCAACCUCAGGUACUUUCUUGCCAGCUGGAAAUAACUACAUCUCUGGCGCUCUGGCCGUGAAAGACUCUUCCGGUGGCGGCUCUGUCCAGACAAGGUCGAGCACAACUUCUAAGCCUACAACCUCUUCGACUGCAGCAUCGACUGGCUCUACGAUUCUACCUCUCGCUAGUCCAUCGGCUGAGCUCUGCCCAGAAGCUGAUACACAGAGUUUUGUCAUGUCACAAAGCGGCUCUCUCUACUUUAUGUGUUGUUCCUCAGACACUGACGUCGGGUCCUACUCCAACUCGAAAGCUUCCAGCUCGUACAAGGACUGUAUGGAUUCUUGUGACAGUGAUCUAAAGUGCGUGGCAUUCACGUAUGCAGGUGGUAAAGGAGGCAAUGGUAGUGGUGUAUGCUGGUACAAAAACUCAAAGGGUGGCGCAGUCUUAAGCGGGCCAAAUUAUGUUGCUGGCUUCCUUAAUACUCGCGCCCCGUCUUCGGCUUCGUCUUCGAGCAGUCUGACAACAGGAAACUUGGCGGUAUCUUCGAGCUCUCCAAAGAAAAGCUCCUCAAGAUCCACAACAAGCUCUAGCCCAUCAACUGCUUCUACUUCUUAGGCUACUAACUCCGCUGGGUCUAAUUAUACUAUCUAUCGAUCUUCUGACACAAACUACGGCGCAUACAGUAGCGUCCAAGCGCAGAAUUCCUUCCUCGACUGUACGACAGCCUGCGAUUCAGAC